AUGUCGGUGGAGGUACACGAUUUCCGGCCCAUAAGUCUAGUGAGUGGGGUCUAUAAGAUCAUCUCAAAAAUUCUGGCGAAGAGACUAAGUGAAGUUAUGGGGAAGAUCAUCUCGAAGUCACAAAGUGCGUUUGUUAAAGGAAGACAAAUUUUAGACUCUGUUCUUAUUGCUAAUGAAUGCUUGGAGUCUAGAGUUAGAAACAGCACCCAAGGUCUCUUGUGUAAAUUGGAUAUGAAAAAAGCAUUUGAUCAUGUCAAUUGGGAUUUCUUGUUGUACAUUCUUGGCAAGCACGGCUUCGGGGAAAGAUGGUGUCAGUGGAUAAAACAUUGCAUCACAACCGUUAGUUUCUCCACUUUGAUCAAUGGUACCCCCGAAGGUUUCUUUCGCAGCUCUAGGGGUUUGAGACAAGGGGACCCUUUAUCUCCUUUGUUAUUCAUUUUAGUAAUGGAUGUAUUGAGUAGAAUGUUGGAGGGGGUGGUGGAUAGGGGUUUCAUCUCAGGCUUCUCGGUGGGUAGUUCCUUGCAUGAAAGCUUAUCAGUUGCUCAUCUUCUUUUCGCCGAUGAUACAUUGAUUUUUUGUGACUCAGAUCCCGAUCAGAUUUGCUCCUUGAGAGCCCUCCUUCUGUGUUUUGAAGCUAUCUCAAGCCUCAAAGUGAACUUAUUAAAGUCCGAGCUAGUCCCAGAUGGACUGGUUAAUAAUCUAAGUGAAGUGACUGCCAUCUUGGGUUGCAAGGUGUCACUCUUGCCAAAUAAGUAUCUGGGACUUCCUUUGGGGGCUCCCCACAAAUCUAAGGCAAUGUGGGAUGGGAUUGUUGAGAAAAUUGAAUGCAAACUGGCGGGGGUGGCAAAUAGAUUGGAAAAGAUCUUCCGUGACUUCUUGUGGGGAGGGCUAGAAGAUGAGAAAAAAUUACAUUUGAUUAAAUGGGAUAAAGUUUGCACCCCUUUGUCUUGCGGUGGUUUGGGGAUUAGAAAAUUGAGAAUCUUCAACAAGGCUCUACUUGGAAAGUGGCUUUGGCAGUAUCACCAGGAAGGGGACGCUCUUUGGAGAAGCAUCAUCGACAUUAAAUACGGGAGCAUUUGGGGAGAUUGGUACUCUAAUGCGGUAAGAGGGGCCUACGGGGUGGGUGUUUGGAAAUUCAUUCGAAAUGGAUGGGAAGACCUACUCAGUAAUUUCAUAUUUGAGGUGGGAAGGGGCACGCGUAUCAGAUUUUGGCAUGAUAUCUGGUGUGGCGAUGUGGCCUUGGAAAAUGCUUUCCCUUCAUUGUAUAGGAUUGCGUCAGACAAGAAGGCUUCUGUGGCUGAUAAUAUGAGCAUUUCCGCUAAUUCUUUUCAUUGGUCAGUGAGUUUUUCUAGAGUUGUACAGGAUUGGGAGGUGAACGACAUUGUUGAUUUCUACAAUAUUUUAUAUGCGUUGAAAGUACAAGUAGGUAGGGAAGAUGGACUAAUAUGGACACACACCGGGAACAAGAAAUUCUCAGUCCGCUCUUAUUACAAAUUUUUUACGGUUCAUCCCACCAAUGCCUUUCCUUGGAAGAGCAUUUGGAAGAGCAAUGCACCCUUUAAAGUUGCCUUUUUCGGCUGGUUGGCAUCCCAUGGGAAGAUAUUGACUAUUGAUAAACUGAAAAAGCGAGGCAUUUACUUAACCGAUUGGUGCUUUAUGUGUAAACACAGCAGCGAAUCAACAGACCAUUUACUUCUUCACUGCGAAGUAGUCAAGGCUUUAUGGGACGACAUUUUCACUAGGCUUGGUAUUGCAUGGGUGAUGCCCAGGAGGGUCUCGGAUUUAUUUUCAUGUUGGAGAGGGAUUAGGGGCAACCGUCAUAUUGCAGCUGUUUGGAAGAUGGUGCCUCUAUGCUUAAUGUGCUGCACAUGGAUUGAAAGAAAUGGUCGAUGUUUUGAAAAUAGGGAACGCUCUCCGGAUAAUUUUAGGGCCUUUUUCUAUCACACUUUGUUGCUUUGGGCUUCUUCUAUUGUAUUGUAUGGUAGGAAUUUUAACGACUUUUAUGCUACUUUCCGUAGCGCGUAG